AUGGAUGAGGCGCCUCCGGAGCCCGACAGGUGUCUGAAUGUGGCCGAAGCGAGUUCGCUCUGCAGCGCCGCGAUGCAGAUCACAGGUGAGCCUGCUGCAGAUGUCGCGGUAGAACCGCCAGAGCCAAGUGCAGAUGUCGCGGUGGAGGAGGUGGAGGCUAGAGGCCUCGCCGCCCCGAGCAACGGUGACUUCGCGCCGAAGAAAGAAAACAAGGUCAGCCCGAAAAAGCGGGCACGGCCGAGGAGCUCCGUGGGUGGCCGAAAAACCAAGACGCAGGCGGGCCGCAAGGCGUCGAGGCUCUCUGACCUCGUGCGGAGGGCGGCAGAGGAGUCGGACGAAGCAGCUGAGAAGGAGGUGGCUCCGCCGAGGUCACACCAGGUCACCAGAAGCAUCGAGGGUGCCGAGGCGACCAUCUACUUCCCUCGAGGUUUGCCAAAACCUCCCAGGCAGCUGCUUCCGGAGGAUGCUCAAAUCAAGCAGAUGCCAGCGCCUCCAGCUCCAAAGUCAGCAGCUGUGGUUCAUGAGGGCACCGUGGCCGCGGCCCGGGCAGAUGGCCUUGCUGCUCAAGAACUCUGGGAAGGACUGGGCGAGGUACCCGAGGGCUUGGAGAAAGGAUUCCGCUCUUUGCUCAUCCUGGGGCCGUCAGGCAGUGGAAAAUCGACGCUGCUGCGAUCCAUUCUGAGAAAGUACUAUCCCGACUUCAAUGGGCCGCUGUAUCCCUCAACGGAGUGGUCUCAUGGCUUUGCCAUCAUCGAAGCUUUCGAAGGCGCCGACAGAGGCCGGAGCCUGCUGUCGGGAGUGGGUCUCAGCAGCAUUCCUUCGUGGUGCAAGCCAUACAACGUGCUCUCUACCGGCGAGAAGUACCGAGCCAACCUCGCGAGAGCACUCGAGCACCGCGGGCCCACGCCUCUCGUUUUCGACGAGUGGACCAGUGAGCUGGACCGGAGCCUUGCGAAGGUUGUCUCUACUGCGCUGGGGAAACGAAUGAGCCGGGAAUGGGAGAAGGCCGCAGAAACCAAGGCUCAGCACGAGAAGCUUGAGCUCAAAGAAGAGAUCGCAGAGGAAGAAGUCUGCGGGACGGACGCGGACGCGGACGAGGAGAACAACGAAGAGGCCCCCAAGGACGAAGAUGCAGAAGAGAAAGGAACGGAAGAAGUGGAAGCCGAAAAGGACAGUGCCAAGGACUGUGGCUUGGCCAACAGCGAAGGAGAGGCGGAGGAGGGUGUGCGGGACGAGGUGGACGAGACCCUGGAAGAAAACACCGCGGCACCCACACCUGCAGAAAAACGACCGCCUCACCACUUCCUGAAACUUCUGCAGAGGAGCUAUUGCAUUCAGGCCGACGAGGUCGCGCGGAAACACGGCAAGGGCAAGUCAUUGACGAAGGGCGAGCACGUGGAGGAGAAAGCGGAGCAGUCAGAAGAAGCCAUACAAAAGGAGGCCGUCAGCGAGCACGUGGUGGAGAAAGCCGAGCAGUCGGAAGAAGCCGUGCAAAAGGAGGUAGCCGAAUCGGUGCAGCGAGAGGACGAGGACGCAGCACCCAAACCAGAGAGCAAUCCGCAGGAAGAGCCAAGAGGACGAGAGGCUCCGACCACCUUUGGUCCCUACAUCUUCGCAUCCUGCCACGAGGAUGUUCUGCAGUACCUGCAGCCGCAGUUCGUGUGUUACUGUGCCGUGGGGCAGAAGCCGAAGCUGCUUGCCAACCCUCACGCAGGUCGUGCUCCUCGCAUCGAAGGGGUCAUGGAAGGUGACCCCAUGCCCGUAUACCAUGAUCUCAUCGGAACUUGGAAGCCUCAAGUCCAGAAAAAAGAAGGCUGCUGCAUCACCUACAAGGGCUGCCUGCAGGAGGAUGGGACCAUGAAAUUACGCUUCAACGGAGGCAAAGAGGUGAAAUGGCUUCGGCGGAAUGGGGACGUCUACACGGGUGGCAUCGCCCCGAAGCUUCAGAAAGAGAUUCGUGGGAUCGACCCGAAGCUUCAGAAUGAGAUUCUGCUGCGCUCCUUGUCCACGAACUUGCUUACGAUCCAGUUCCGAGACCAUCCGUCCGAAGCUUGGAGCAAGGAAGUUCGUUACAGCCGAGUCGUUCUGCCAUUUCCAGAUCAAGCCAAUGCCAUGGCAAAGGACCCAGAGAAAGCUGUAAGAUCCGGUGGCCUGCACUACGCGGACUGCGACCGGAAAGCUAUGGAGCAGCAUGGCUGGUAUUUGCCGCCGGAAUGGGCUGGCGAUGGGCUCUACCAGGGCUUGCAGCGCCAAGGCGAUCCCGAGGUCGUGCGCGCGGUCAACUUCAGACAUGAUCCAAAAGUGGAGCCGAAGGAGGACAAGCAACGCUAUCUGGCCACCUAUGUGGGUGAGCCAGAUGGCAGCCUGAGCGAGAAGCUCGCAAACGUGAGCCAGUUGUUGGAUUGGCCAUUCGACGGGCUUUGCGCUCAUAGACUGGACCCCCUGCCAGUGCCCAAAGACUUCAGACUUGGCGUGAUCACCGGACCAUCAGGCUCAGGGAAGAGCUCGUUGGCUGCUGAUGUGUUCGGCGCCAGCCCAGUGAUUUCCUGGUCUCCUGCUGAGCCGGUGAUCGCGCACUUCGAAUCCCUUGAAUGCGCUUACGAGUUUCUUGAGGCAGCUCACUUGCACCCGUCGAUCGCGAUGAGGCCUUUUUCCACGCUCAGCGGCGGCGAGCAGGCGCGCGCGAACAUGGCGCGCGUGCUGGACCUCGGAUGCCAGAAAAACGGCCGCUUUAAGGCUCUGAUCCUGGAGGAGUUCACGUCUCUGGUGGACCGGGCCACGGCCCAAGCGAUGGCUCGUGGCCUCCAGCAGCUGAUCACGCGGAGGACAUUUCCGAAGAUCGUGGUUGUGUCUUGCCACACCGACUUUGUCCAGAAGUCGGGCCUCGAGCCCGAUUGGCUCUUCGAGUGCCACAGUCAUCGCCUUCUCCGGUUCGGAGCUCCAACAGACGGAGCUGUUGAAGUUCCGAUGGAAGAGAGCGACGCGUUGAAGGCUGCACGUGCCUCUGUGGCAGCUGCGGAGGAGCAGCUCGCUGUUCUCCGGGGGGGCCUCGCCGAACACGCAGGCCAGCUCUGCUUCUCUGUGACCUACCGCACGGAAGUAGCGGCUUUGGCCGGGGCGCUGCAGGUGCUUGGAGAUGCUGAGCUCUCGAAGAAGCGCAAGGCGCUGAGCGCCUUGGAAGAAGAGGAGGCGAGCAAGAAACGGAUGAAGAAGGUCGAAGUUGAAGCCGAGCGCGACGACUCGUCACAGGUUGCACCCAGCACGAAGAGGGAUGUGCAGCCAGAUGUGGAGGUCCUUAGCGCACGCAGCUUCCAGAUUCCUCAGCUACACCUGGAAGUGCGGCGGGCGCUUCCCAGGGAGUGGGUGCACUUCCGGGACCACCACUACAAGGAUCACACAUUGCAAGGGGCGGCUGUCGUGUUCGUCGGAAUCCUUGAUGGCCGCGCAUGCGGCUUUUGCGCCGUGGUCCAGGAGUCGCAGAACUGGGUUCAGCGCAAUUGCGCUGGAGGCAAAUACGGCGCCACGAAGGCAAAGUGGGAGAAUGUCCACUACCCUUUGCCAUGGCUCAAGGCCAGCAGAAAACUGUACCGUGAACACCGGACGGUGGUGCUGCCGGACUUCCAGGGUCUGGGUGUGGCACCAGUUCUGUGCGACACGGUUGGCAACCUCUGUCUGCGCAACGGCGCGGACUUCACUUCGCAGACGGUGCAUCCCUUCUACGGCAGCUACAGGGAUCGCAGCCCGUUCUGGCGGGCACUGCCUACCAGUCGGCAGCCGGAGUCUGUCAUCAACGGCAACCUCAAGUACUCCCAUGCGUUUCUGGGAGCGUUCCAGGAAAAUGGGAAGCAAGACGCAUCGUUGGUGCAACAUUUGAGGUGGAGAACUCGAAUUGCCGCUUCAGCUUCGUCCCCCAAGAAGAGAAAAAGCGGAGCGCAUAAGGCCGCAGUCCCACUUCUGACCUGA